CGCGCCAUAUUUUAAUACAUGUGGUAGUUGAUCUGAAGCGUGACUUUAUUUCGCUCGUUUUCAUGUCAAAAUAUUAAACUCGGAUAUAAGAAAAGUAUUAUAAAGAUUUAGAAAGCAAAGAUUCAAGGCUUCAAUUGGGUGACAUUUUUUAUCGAAGUUUCGCCGCACGAGCGACGGUGUCAGAGAAAAGCCAUGCCUGUGAAAUGUGAGUUCUGUAACAAGAUAUUUUCAUGCAGAAGCGCUUUGGCAAUGCAUGAAAGAACACACACUGGAGAGAAACCUUAUGAAUGUGAUGUUUGCAACAAGAGAUUUUCUCAAAUGGGCCAUUUAAGAACACAUCAAAGAACACACACUGGAGACAGGCCUUAUGAAUGCGAUGUUUGCAUCAAAAGAUUUUCAGAUUCAAGUUCGUUUUGUAGACAUAAAAGAACACACACUAGAGACAAGCCUUAUGAAUGUGAUGUUUGCAACAAGAGAUUUUCUGAAAUAGUCGAUUUAAGGGCACAUAAAAUAAUACAUACUGAAGACAAACCUUAUGAAUGUGAUGUUUGCAACAAGAGAUUUCCUCAUAUGUGCAUUUUAAGGGCACAUAAAAGAAUGCAUACUGGAGACAAACCUUAUGAAUGUGAUAUUUGCAACAAGAGAUUUCCAACUUCAAGUCAUUUAACUAGACAUAAAAGAAUACACACUGGAGACAAGCCUUAUGAAUGUGAUGUUUGCAAGAAAAGAUUUUCACAAUCCAGCAACUUAGCAACACAUAAAAUACAAGUGCACAAGAAGAACAAGAGUUUUGAGUGCGCUGUAUGCAAGAAGAUAUUCACACAACAGCAAAGUCUCGAACGUCACAGAAGUGAUCAUUUAAAAGUUGGCUUGCUGUUGUGCAACACUCGGUGCAACAUGUGUGGCAUAGAAAUUCAUCAACCACAAGGACAUGCUAAUGAGAUGCCCAGCAGUCAUUACAAUUGUGAUAAAUGCAACAAAGAAUUCCCUGAACUUCUGGGCUUGACACAGCACAAGGUGAAAGACCAUGGUACCAGCUACCAGUGCGAUGUCUGUCAAGAGUUAGAGGCACAAGAAGCAACUGGUAUUGGAUACAUUUGUUGUAUUUGCGAUACUGAGUUUGACAUUGCAACUAAACUUGAAAGUCAUAUGAAGAGCCAUGACUGAACUUGAAAGUCAUAUGAAGAUCCAUGACUGAAUUUGAAAGUCUAUAAAUUAGACCCAUGACUGAACUUGAAAGCCAUAUGAUUUUAAUUAGGAUCAGUUUGACUUUAGCUGUUAAUUGGGUUAUUUUGUUGUGUUUGGUUGUAAUAAACUCAUUAAACUGUGAUUGGAAU